UCCUUUUGGCUUCAAAACCACUUCACACAAAACAAGUAUCUCUUCUCUCUCUCUCUCUAAACAUUUUAAUUUUAUCAUUUCACUGGCAAAACCAAAAUAUAUACACCGAAAAAAAUCAGAGCAAAGAUCAUGAACACAAUUCCGGAGGAGUUCACCGGAUACUUCAAAUAUGUAUCGCCGGAAAAAUAUAAUAACCAAACACCAAUCAUGGAGUUUGAAUACUUCAACAUGCACUCUUCUCCUACUUCUUCCUCCUACUACAUCAACGGUCUGAUCAACAACAAUAGCUACUACUCUUCAUCAUCCAAUGGUCACGAUCUAAUGAUGAGCAACAACUCAGCAUCAGACGAAGAUCACCAACAAAGCAUGGCCAUCGAUGAGAGAAAACAAAGAAGGAUGAUCUCUAACAGAGAAUCUGCUCGUAGGUCAAGGAUGAGAAAGCAGAGACAUCUCGAUGAGCUUUGGUCUCAAGUGAUACGACUUCGUACUGAUAACCACUGUCUUAUUGAUAAGCUAAACAACGUAUCUGCAAGCCAUGAGCUUGCUUUGAAGGAGAACGCUAAGCUUAAAGAGGAAACUUCUGAUCUCAGACAACUAAUCACUGAGAUAAAAUCUAACAAAGAAGACGACAACAGUUUUCUAAGAGAGCUUGAAGAUUCGAUAUCAAACGCUGGAUCGGGUUCAGACCAAACGGGAAGAAAUUUUGAGUUGUAUUAAUUAAUGAUCUUGAUCAUUGUUCUGAUUGUAUCAAGAAUGUAGAUUUCAUAACGAUCAUGUAGUAUUAUAUGCUAUAAAAUAUAAAGAAAUGUCUUUUUGCCAAAAUAAAUAAAUAUUUUUUUCUUUU